UCUGUGUUUCUCGAGUCAUCUUUCGCUUCUCUCUCUGUGUUUUGAUCGGAAACACGGACGUAGAAAAUGGGGAAGGGCUACUUGAGAAUGAAGACUGACUCGGUUUCCGGCGAUUUGAUCAAUUCCGAUUUCAAAGACCUUGCUGCUGCUGCUAAGAAGCUUGCAAAUCAUGCCGUCCACCUCGGAAGCUUAGGCUUUGGUACCACUUUUCUUGAAUGGAUCGCUUCUUUUGCUGCAAUUUAUCUGUUGGUCUUGGAUCGGACAAACUGGAAAACAAACAUCCUCACAGGGCUGUUAAUCCCGUACAUAUUCUUUAGCCUUCCGUCACUAAUUUUCUCUAUCUUCAGGGGAGAAAUUGGAAGCUGGAUUGCCUUCGUUGCGGUUAUCUUGCGACUCUUUUUCCCUAAACGAUUCCCAGAAUGGGCUGAAUUGCCGGCUGCGCUGAUUCUUCUAAUGGUUGUGGCUCCGAGUUUAAUUGCAACCACUGUGAGGGAUGACUGGAUCGGCGUUGCAAUAUGUCUCGUCAUUGCAGCUUACUUGCUGCAAGAACACAUCCGGGCAUCCGGUGGAUUCGGAAAAGCUUUCACACAACCCCGUGGCGUAUCAAACACUGUCGGCAUAAUUUGUCUGUUCAUCUACCCUGUUUGGGCGUUGGUCCUUGACAUCCUAUAGUUCCCUGCACUCUGAUAUUCUUUUGGGGGUUGUAGAUUUUGUGAUGUUUUAUAUUUGAGAAAAAUUCAGUCACCGUCCCCAAACUAUGCUGCUAAGGACAAUUUGAUAUCCGAACUCUCAAAAGUAGCAAUGUGAUACUCAAACACGUAUUUUGAUAUCAACAUGAUACUUCCGUCAAAAAUUUCUAACGGCUCCGUUAUUUGAUGACGUGGCAAGCACGUGGAGACAAAAAAAGAAAUUAAAUGACCAACUUACCCUUUUGUUUUUGUUAAUUCAUUUUUAUUUUUAUUUUUUUUUUCA